AUGACCGAAUCGUUAUUUGAGUCCUUUGAGUCGCCCGCGACUUCUCCAUUGUCGUCCCAGGGUUCGACCCAGAGCCAUUCCGGUGCUCCGUUGUGGAACGACGCCGGCACCGCCGCCGAAACCAACACCUCCACCACAGUUAUUACCACUUCCACCACCAUGGGAGCCCCACUCCAACCGCCCUCGCCUUCUCGCGAAUCACCAGCCGAUGUGCCGGACAAUGACAGCUAUCCAGGAACCCAAGACGAAAUUCUUCCUCCCGUUUCUCCCGAAAAUGGUAAUGCCCUCAUCAACUACAGACUUCUCAUUUCGUCCAAGGAGUCGGGAUGUUUAAUUGGCCAAUCGGGACUGGUGAUCAAUUCAAUCCGUCAAGAAACCGAUACCAAGGCCGGAAUCUCCAAACUUCUUGCGCACACCCAAGAGCGAAUUUUGACGGUGUCAGGAACAUUGGACAAUUGCUCAAAAGCUAUCAGCUACUUUUCCCAAGCUCUCAUUGAGGCUCAGCAGCAUGAGGCGGACGCUGCGUCGACUGCCAGCGCCGGCCCAAUGCCACUGUCGGUGGAAGAGUACCCCCAUUUCCCGCUCCGCCAAUUGAGCAUCCACAAAAACAUCGCUGGCCACUCCACCGUGCUCCGGUUACUUAUUCCCAACAGCCAGAUGGGUACGAUUAUUGGCGCCAAAGGAGCUAGGAUUCAAAGAAUCCAGCAGGUGUUUGGCGUACUGAUGAUAGCUCUGAAGCUGUUUUUGCCCGGGUCCAACGAGAGAUUGGUUGAAUUACAGGGAAGUGUUCCUGAGUUGUACGCGGCACUUCGCGUAAUCAGUCGAUGUCUUAUUGAGGAUUUUGGCGGUGUGGUUGGCACCAGCUACUACGUGCCGCGGCCGCGGCGACCAGACGUACCAGUGGUGGCGCCGCUCCCCGUGUCCGCCCCUGCUGCCCCUGGGACGGGUCCUGCCCUGGACCUGUCGUCGAGCCCGGCGCGCCUCGUCACCACCUCCAUGGCAUUUUCCAAAGAUAUUGUGGGAGCUCUCAUUGGCAAGAGCGGUUCAAGAAUUCAGGGUGUUCGUAAGAUUCUGGGGGCUAUUAUUGGAAUUUCCGACGAGCUCGAGGGCCUGUCGGAGCGAAUUUUCACCAUCUCUGGCUCCACAUAUGCGGUAGAUAAGGCCAAAGCCCUUUUGAAACAUAAUUUGGAGAGAGAACAGCAACGACGUGAAGGUGUACGGAGAUAG